AUGGGUACCCUGCUUGCACAAAUUGAAAUGUGUCUGAACUCUAGGCCUCUCACACUCCUCCCAAACGACCCAUCUGAUUUGGCACUGUUGACACCAGGGCAUUUCUUGAUUGGAACCAGCUUUCAAUCUGUUCCUGAGCGCAGCUUUCAACACGUUCCAGAUAACCGAUUGUCUCAUUGGGAAAUGACGCAGAAACGCUUUCAAAGAAUCUGGUCAAGAUGGUAUCCGGAAUAUCUCCAACAGCUUCAGUCACGAGCCACCAAGGGCUGCAAGCAACCCGUUAGCUUCGAGCCUGGCAGAAUUGUAAUCAUCAAGGACGAUAAUUUACCGCCACUUCAAUGGCCUCGCGGAAAAAUCCCGAAAACGCAUCAUGGCAAGGCUGGCAUAACCCGUGUGGUCACCAUCAAAACAGCAACGUCAGACGCCGUUAUCAGACCCGUUGCUAAAAUAGCAUUGCUUCCAGUUCCGGACUUCCCAAACUCUGCUGACCGUGAAGGAGACCUGGUAGAGCACGCCAAAUGA